AUGAUGCCGCGUCAGCCCACCGUUGCGGCGGCCGAGAUUGAGCGAUGGCGUACCAGUCGCAUAAUACCCGCCACCUGCAACGAUCCGAGCUACGGAGUACGAGCAUUCAACGGUGCCCAGUCAGUUGAACGCGGCGAGCUGAUUUGGCAAAGCCCAAGUCAUAGGCUGCCGACGGGAGAGCUGUUCGGAAUGAAGCUCUACUAUAAAACAGGAACAGACAUGUUCAAUCCACACAACAUCUGGAGUCGUUGUUUCCAAAGAAGUUUUUUAGUG